UCUACGGAACUAACUGUAUAUUUGGUAUUUCUUGAAAAAAAUACCUGGCUACAAUCUUACUGUAGACCUUUGAAUCGUCAUCUUGGCCUGUUCUGAUUGCUAAUGACAUCAUUAGCUUUCCGGGUGUUAUUUUCAUUUGAUCCUGGAAAAAGAAUGUAAUUAACCAAUCACAGUUCACAAUGUCUAUUUUAUGCCUUCGGUCAAAAUUGACAUUUGCAGGAUCAAAUAGACAAUAACACCCGCAAAUCUAAAAACUCCAAAUUGGUUAGUGAGAAAGAAGAGGGUAUAGUGGUGUUACACCUACCCAUUGAGUCGUUAAAACUCGCUCUGCGUGGGAGCCGGUACCGGGCUGCGAACUCAGUACCUACCAACCUUAUUUCCGAUGGCUUAACCACGACACCACCGAGGCCGGUAAUUCUUACAAAGUUUGUGUGUUAAACUUCCGAGGGUUACCUCCCAUGAUAGUUGUAGGUGAAAUGUCAAAACGGCUUAAUAAAUAACAAGCCUGUAGGAACUGAGGGGUCGGGCCUAUUGUGAUUUUUUUUUUUUUUUUUUUUUUUUUUUUUUUUUGCUUGCUUGAGCAGGGGCUUUGGUACCCCCCCCCCCCCCACACCCCCACCCCCGCUCCGCCUGCACACCCGCUUGAGUCACACUGGCUGCAUAUCUAGUAGGUUGUGUUGCUUAUGUAGUAACGUUGAUGCUUUAAAUCAGUGAAGGAAUAUAUCGUAGAAGAAGAAGAAAAAUGUCUGCUCCCAGCGUUUUCUCAAAGACGUAACAACACGUGUGACCGUAUUAUUAUUUUUAAUUAUAAUAAAUUAGGACAAGUAUCAGUACAAGACAGUUUGAUAUUAUUCCUCCAUUAAUGUUGAGACAAAUUAUUGUCCAAAUAACGAGAUUUGUGAAGAAAAUGGAGAGCGUUGCAGAGGCAUUACCAACAGCACUGAAACACCCAUUGGUAGAUGAUGAAGAAGAACCAGCCAAAAAGAAAGCCAAAGUGGAGGUUGCAGCACCAAUGGUGGGACGUCCAGACAGGAAAAGAAAAGUUGCUCUACUUCUGACAUAUUGUGGGGCGGGGUACUACGGAAUACAAAGGAAUGCUGGUUUCCCCACAAUAGAGGAGGAACUAAUCCAGGCGUUGUUGAAAGCUGAACUGAUUCCCCAGGAGCACGCGGAUACACCACACAAGAUGUCAUUCCAGAGAGCGUCUAGGACUGACAAGGGCGUGUCAGCAGCAGGAAAUGUCAUUUCUCUCAAGAUGUUGCUCAACAAGGAUAAUGUCCCUGAAGAGAUCAACAAGCACCUGCCUCCACAGAUCCGGGUCUUUGCUUACACUCGUGGAACAAGGGGUUUCGACGGACAGCACCACUGCAGCCACAGAACAUACACCUACAUGCUGCCCACCUAUUCAUUCGCCCCUUUUGAAAAGUUCAUAACAGAAGCUUAUCGAGUGGAUGAUGACACAAUAAAACAAGUUGGAGAGAUUCUUGCGAUGUUCCAGGGGACACAUAAUUUUCACAACUACACAUCGGGCGUAAAGCCAAAUGAUCCAAGUGCCAAAAGAUACAUAAUUAAAUUUGAGUGUAGUAAGCCUUUUGUCAGAGAUGGAAUCGAGUUCACUUCAUUGACAGUCAAAGGUCAAAGUUUUAUGUUGCAUCACAUUCGUAAAAUGAUUGGUUUAACAACAGCCAUUGUCAAGGGAUAUUGUGGAAAGGAUAUUAUUGAAAAGUCUUGGAAACCAAAAAGGCUGGAUGUACCCAAAGCUCCUGGAGUUGGACUUUUUUUAGAGCGGCUGCACUUUGAUGGGUACAACAAGAAGUUUGGAGUGGAUGGCCUGCACGAGCCUAUGGAUUGGGAUAAUUUGAAAGAUGAAAUUGACAAAUUCAAGGAAGAGUACAUCAUCAAGCAUAUUGUCAGAUCAGAGAAAGAAGAGAAAGUGAUGUUCCGUUGGCUGGCAACACUGCAGUGUCACAAGUUUGACUUGGAAUUGGACGAAGAUCAGAAGUUUUGGUUUGGAACACGCAACAUUCUCAGAAACGCUGAACGGGCAAAACAGGCUGAGAAAGCCCAGGAAAAGUUGACUACCGCUGCGUCAUCAGCAGACAGUAAUCCUGAAAAGGAGAACCUUAACACUGAUUCUUCUGAAACAUCUGAAGACAAGAAAACCGAGAGCAGGGCAGAGGAAUUAUCUUCACUGAAAGACAAGACUUUUAAUAAUGAUGAUGUCUCCACAAAAACUGAGACAGAAACAGAUAGACUGUCGACGUCAGUGGCUCCCGAAGAUUUGCCAUCUGCGUGUAUGGACAGUGAGGAGGGUGUUGGUUCAGUUGACCAUGGUGCAGUGGAGAGAAAUACGCAGAACAGUGAACAUUUGACAGAUGAAAGUCAAGUAUCAUCCAGGUCUCGGGAGCAGAGGGUGGAGGCUAAAUCAUGACAAAUGAGACAGUUAUAAAGUGAUGCAACCAACCAUCAAAUUAAAAAGGAAAAGAAGAUGAUGCAACUACAAAACAAUCUGUCAUUUUACUAUUUGAUAACCGGUACAUACACCCCCAAACAGAAAUAUCGGUAAAAUCAGCUUUUAUUCAAAUAUCACAGCAACCUGGAAACCAUUGGACAGGACCAACCAUGAGGGAAAAAGUAACAAAUAUUGCUCCAAUUCUUUUUGUUGCUCUAGUUGUAGGUUUUUUGUUCAAAUUACUGUAAACGAAAAUUUUCAAAGGAUUUUUUUAAAUUUAUUAAUGUACUAACUCAGUUAAAUUUAUUAAUAAAACCAGCCAUUUAGUUUCCAAGUUGAUUCUUCUGUUAAAGAGGUUUUAAUAGACCAGUGGUCGAAGGAAUACAUUUAACUUGGCAGAAGAAAAUGUUAUUAAAAGAUGUACAGCACGGGCUAGUUGUGUUAAUGUGAUAUCAUUUAUUAUUUACAUGUUUAAUAAAUGUAUUGCAUA